AAGAGAAAAUAGUGGGCCAUUUGUGCCUCUACCAUCAGCAGCCGGUGGUGUCACUCAACUAGUGUGAAGAUCAACCACAGUGUAUCAUUCAAUCCCCGCUUUUACCACACUACUGCCUAGGAUUUAUUAUAGACAUAUUUUUCUGAUGGUCAGCCAUGGAUGAAGAUGACAGCCAAGACGAGCUGAUUAACCGUUCUUCCAAAAGCAAAGGGAAAAGAGCUGCAACAUGGGCCAUCUCAGAUGAUUCUGAUGAAGCUGGGUCUGAUGAGGAGGUGGAGUCACAGAGUGGGGAAGAGGAUGACACCUUAGAUGAGGAAGAUGAGGAAGACGAGGAUGAAGAUGAAGAGGAUGAAGAGGAUGGAGUUGAGCCUAAGGAGGAAGGAUGCGCGGGGACCUCGGCCAACGCAGAAGUGAGCUCAGAUGAGGAGGCUGAGAAAUGUCCCAUAUGCCUCCAUUCGUUUAACAGGCAACCUGUGGCCACACCGGAGAACUGUGAACACUACUUCUGCCUUGACUGCAUCCUUGAAUGGUCAAAGAAUGCAAACUCCUGUCCAAUAGACCGGACUAACUUCAAAGUUAUAUAUCUAAGAACAUGCUUUGGAGGCAAGGUUCAGAAAGCGAUCACUGUACAAAAGCCUGCAAAACAGUGUGAGCAGGAAACUGUAGAUGUGGACCUUGAGGAGACGAGCUGUGAAGUGUGUGGAGGAAGUGACCGGGAAGACCGCCUUUUGCUCUGUGAUGGCUGUGAUGCAGGAUAUCACAUGGAAUGCCUUACACCACCACUUGAUGCUGUUCCAGUUGAAGAAUGGUUUUGCCCAGAAUGUGAAGCCAACAGCCGCCAUUCAAGAGCUUCAGCUACCGAAACAAGUGACACAGACAGCCUUCCAUCUACUGCACGCCACGCCUCUAGCCGCCCUCGCUCCCAUAUGGGCGGGACCCGUGCUAUUGCCCGCACCCAGCACAGUGAGAGGGUCCGGGCCAAUGUCAAUCGCCAUCGGAUCACGCAGGCACGCACUCAGGAGUUGGCUCCUACCUAUCUGAUCCGAUCUACUUGGCUGGAUGAAACCAUAAAUGCUGUGGUGGCAGGUCUAAACACUGCAGUGUAUGUACGGGAUUUAACCUCACGACCUUCAUCAACCCGUCGCCGUAAGACCAGGAAAGUACAUGGCAGAAAAACCUCCUCAAAAAGUAAAAAGGGCAAAUCAGCCAGUACAGGAGGCAAGAGGCGAAAAAGGAGAGUGAGAAGGACAAAAUCCAGGAAGAAGCUGGUGAUGAAAAAGACACCCACCAUUCGGAGUCGUAUUGCUAACAAUCUUGGCAUUGUGAAGGACAAGAAGAGCUCAUCCCUUCCAACUGUCUACAGACCAUCUGAGAGCACUCUGAGCAGCAUGAGGGCAGACAUUGGUGCAGCAUCACUGUCAAUUUAUGGAGAUCCAUUUGACCUCGACCCUUUUACUGACCGUGAGGAUGAGGAAGAGCAGACCCACGACUCUGCUCUGUUUGAAGCCAAGAGACGAGGGAUCUCACGCUCUGCUUUCCGUUCUCAUCAGCCAGUGGCAAGACCAGUUAGUCUCUCCAGGAGGCCAGUGAGCAUCCCACAGGCUAGUAGUGUUGUUGAAGCAGCUCCUGUACCUGAUCUGUUGGGCAGCAUACUCUCUGGACAGAGCAUGCUUUUAAUGGACAGCUCUGAUGUGGUCAUUAAUCGUGAUGGUUCUCUUAAAACUUCAAAACCAAUUAGUGUGACGAACCCCAUGAGGCCCGGCAGCAGCAGAAGCAGUAGCGCUGGAGAUAGUGGCUCACAGACCACAGAUGUGGACAGGCUGGGAUCUUCUGAAAGCCCCAUGAACACGCAUUUCUCUCAGAACUCUUCUCCUUUAUCUUCACCUCUAGGCUCUUCACUAAACCUUAGUGAAAUGUCUUACACCCAUGUUCCACCCAGAAGUAAUGCUUUUUCACAUGAGCUGAAUAGGCCCAAUCAGAGGUUGGGCCAUCCGGUAACAAAUGGAAUGAGAGAAUGCAGAGACAAUAGUUCCUCAGAAAGCAAAGCUGUCUCCCAGUCUCAUUCGCUUAAGGCACCUACAAAACCUAUGUGGGUGGAUGUGUCUGUGCUCCCCAGAAUACCAAAAAUCAAAAGAGAAAGCAAUGUUAAUACUUCUAUGAAAAAUGAAAGUAAUACAAGUAGAAGUUCAAACGGUAGCAGCUAUGGCAUGCCUGAGACGGGCAUAAGCAGACUGGCUGGGGACAAAGAGCGGCAUCAUUCUGUGGAUCAGCAGCAUGGCAGAACAGAUGGUCCGAGGAGCAGACCUGAUGGAGCAGGUUCUUCCUCAGGCUUCUCCAGCUCCUUUUCCUCCUCCUCUUCCUCACCUGCCCCACACACCAACCAUCAGAGAUUCUCUUCGGGAGGUUCAUCGUCAUCAUCCUCCUCUGUAAGUUUCCGCAUUAGCUCCAGUGGCAAUUCGUGGCAUUCUAGACGAUUAAAUAUUGCAUCACUAACUCCAAGUGGAUCUAGCCUACAAGAACAUUGUUCAAAAAAAGAGGAAGAAGAAAGAAAAAGACAAUUACGCCGAGAUAAGCAGAAGCUGCUUGCAUCACACUCCAAAGACAGUAAUAAUAUUUAUGAUCCGUUUAAUCCUACUGAAUCAGAUUCAGGCAGCUCGGAUGGGGAAAGUGAGGGCAUCAGUAUAGAGUGUAGCUCUCGACUUAAACAAGAGCCUGCCGAUUUAAAAAAGAAAGUUGUUUCACGAAGUAGGUGGGACCUAAAACAAGGAAAAGACGAAACACAACGUCCACAUUCACAAAAUAAACCAGCUACCACAGCUGCUCAGGAACCAUGCACAGAGCAACUUAAGGGCACUAAAGACAAUAUCACAUUUAAAAAAGGCUCCAUAUUCUCUCAUAUUGAGAUGCCGACUCCAUCUAACACUACUAUAAAGAAAGAGCCAGAGUCUGAUACAGAUGAAGCAGUAAAGCGUAUCUUUGAAUCAGAAACUGAGGACGAAGCUCAACCAGUGGAACAAAGAUUGAAUAUUAUAAAAAUUGAGGAGACUGUUACAGAAGGUUCAGCCCCUGAACCACCUGCUGCUCUUUGUGAUGACAGAGCCUCAGCUACAUCAAACUCCAGUCCUGUUAAAAAGUCAGAAAAGACUGAAAUUAAGUAUGAUUCACACAACAAGAACCAAUCAAAAGAAUCUGUCAGUGACAAGAGCACCUCCAAGAAAAAAGAACCCUCUAAAGAUCAACGGGCACGUUCCAGCAGCACAGAACGAACAAAGAAACACAGUAGCCCUGAACAAGACCGGAGACAUGUCCGCAUGGAGGCAAAACAUGAAGGAGGUGAAAAGGAAAAGGACAAAGACAAAGCAAAGUCCUCCAGACGCUCUCGGUCAAAGGAGAGAAGAAGAACACGCAGAGUCUCUGAAAGCUCCUCCUCCAGAUCCCCGGACAAGGCAUCCAAAAAGAGAAGACGCUCACGCUCACGAUCACGCUCCCAAGACAAGAGGAGGUCCAGGUCAUGUUCGACCUCUAGCAGCCGGGAACGAUCAAGGACAAAGAAACAUAAAAGGCGAAGCAAAGAACGAGAUGAGGAUAAAGAUGUGAAAAGACGCUCUUCAAAAGAUAAGAGGCGUGACCGAUCUCGUUCCAAGUCUCGCUCCAGAUCUCACUCUAGAUCCAGGUCAAGAUCACGAGAGAGGAGACAUGCUCGCUCCAAGUCCCGGUCUAGAAGCCGAUCGCGAUCCAGAGACAGGAGGAAGAAUGAGUCUCGCCAUCAGUCAUCCAGAGACAAGGUGGAGUCCCGUUCAAAAGAUAAGAAAAGGUACAGAUCUCGGUCCACUUCUAGAGAGAGAAAAAAGACAAGAGAAGACCCGUCUACAGUCAAGAAACCAAAAAAUGCUGAUACCAAUAGAUCAUCUGAUAAGGACAAAAAGCCCGUAAAAGACAAGAGAAAAGAUGACACUCUCACAGUCAAAUCUGAGAAAUCUGAAAGAUUAGCAAAAUCAGAAAAAUCUGCCAAAUCAGAAAAAGAUGAUAAAGCAGAUAAGGCAGAUAAAACAGAUAAAGUGGAUAAAGCAGAUAAGGCAGAUAAGGCAAAUAAGGCAGAUAAAUCAUAUAAAUCAGAUAAAUCAGAUAGAACUGAGAAAGCCGAAAAAGCUGGAAAAUCUGAAAAAGUGUCUAAAAUGAAUAAACCAAGCUCUUCUUCCUCUAGUUCUUGUCUUGGGGUUAAGAAAGAACCAACAGAGACAAAAGUAGAAGAGAAUCCCUGUGAUGCUGUUGACAAAAAGGAUAAAAUCAAAAAAGAAAUCAAAAAGGAAAAAUGUGCAGUGUUUGAUAUGUUUGAAGGUAGUCCAACCAGUAACAUUAUUAAGCAGGAGCCUGUUGACACCCCUGUUGUAGUUGGUGAGGAUAAAGAAAAGGAAGAUAUGCACAAUAUUAAGACUGAAGAAUGCCAGUUGGAUAAACCAGAGGCAAAAUCCCCUGAGGAGAAGCUCAUUGUUGCAGAAUGCAGCAUUGACGAUGAUGUAAGUGCUACUGCUGUGUCCACCCCGCCACAGGACCCACCAAAUGAAAGUAUAGAGGGCCCAACCAUUUCUGUAAAGCAAGAAACAGUUCAUCCAUCCUCUGACUCUGAUGAUGACUUUAAUGUGGAUGUAAUGUUAGACAAUCUGGACCUGGUCAAAUCCAAGUGUGAUGAGUCAACAGAAGCUACUGUCAAACAGGAAAAAGAUGAGAAGAGUGACGGAGAGCCAGCUGCUGCAGUGGGCAAAACUAAACCGCAAGUGAAAAGAGUCACAUGGAACAUCGAGGAGCCUGUGGGGCCUCAGCCUGACAAGUCAGCAAGCAAGGUGGCUCUUUACAAGUUAAAACUUAAGCAGGAAGGAAUUCGCAGGCCUUCAGCAUCCGCAUCCUCUCAGGACCUAACCGGAACUACUAAUGCUGGUGAUGUAACGAAGAUUACAGACCCAGAGAGGUCUUCAGGGUCUGACAGUUCACAGGGACAGUCUGCCUCAGCACAGGGGCAGGGAGAAGAUGGGGAUAUACUCAAGAAAGACAAGACCUACUUAAAGAAGCUUCACAUGCAAGAGAGAGCUAUCGAGGAGGUAAAGCUGGCCAUUAAGCCUUUUUACCAGAAAAGAGACAUCAACAAGGACGAAUACAAAGAGAUUCUACGUAAAGCUGUGCAGAAGGUAUGCCACAGUAAGAGUGGAGAGAUCAAUCCGGUGAAGGUGGGCAAUCUAGUCAAGGCUUAUGUGGACAAAUACAAACAUGCUAGAAAAUACAAGAAAGGAGAUGAACCAGAACCUCGAGCCUUGAACCUUAAAGACGGUGUGCUGGAGAACGCUGGUCCCCGGAUUGGUGUCCCGUGUCCCGCUGUGGCCGUCCUGGAGAGACAGACUCUUUCAGCGGAGAGAGGACGAGAGAGGAUCAGUGGAUUUGGCCCUCUCCAGUGAAGAGGUGCCCUGUAGUCUGGGAUUAGAGGGAUGAACCCACUCUCUCCUGUCCCCUCUGAAGGAUGUGUCUUUUGUGGGACACUCCAGCUAGAAGGUCCAGGCUGGAGGAGAGCGAGAAGAUGUGGGGGAGGUGCUUGGGAGAUUAGAUCAAGAAAAUUGCUCAGAAUCAAGAAUCCACUCCAAAAAAGUAAUGAUACAUUUAUUAUAUGGUUGUAGAGAUACAAUUUUAAUUAUUCUGAAAGCAGAUGACAGAGGCAGCCCAAUUUAUGAAUUAAAGGUCUUAUAUUACACAUAAGUGCCUCUUGUGAGCUUUAAGCCAUGUUAGAAAGUUGUUACCUCAUGUGAAGAUAAAAACAGUGUCACACUUGUAUUACCACAUGGCAGAGUCGGGACCAAGUUGUUGUUUUGCAAGUCUCAAGUAAGUCUCAAGUCUUUGACCUCA